AGUACGCACCAUCAUUGUGAAUUGAUGUAGCCAAAAUAUAUAAUACUGCUGCUAUUAGACCCCGUAUAAUAUUAUUACUUCGAUCAAACUGAGAAACAUAUCGUUUUUAAUGGACAUAAGCAGUUUGAUUCUCAUAAAAAUCUAAUCAUGGCUGAAGCAUUAAAGACUGUCAUCUCCCAAAGUACAGAGUGUCCAGUGUGCCUUUCUACAUUCACCGAUCCCAAGAUCCUGUCUUGUUCUCACACUUUCUGCAAGACUUGCCUGGACAACCUAUUAGAGUGUCACGGUAACUCCCAGAUCCGAUGCCCUGUCUGCAGAGCUGUCACGCAGGUCCCAAACCAAGAUGUCGGCAAACUACAGGUAAAUAUUGCUUUGAAAAGUCUGAUAGAUGACAUGAAGGGCCAACCUAAGAUUUGCACAAAUUGUCAAUCCAAUGACAAGCCCCAUGCUGAUGUCUACUGCCAAGACUGUGGCAGGUAUCUCUGCACAUCUUGUCUUAAUAAGCACUCUCAGUGGGAAGGCUUCAUCGGCCAUGACGUCAUUGCCAUGAGUGAGAUCUCAUCAGGCAAGGUGUAUGUACGUAGAUACCGCAAAUGUAGGAAACAUCCGAAAGAAGAUGAGGGUUGCUUCUGUUCCAGCUGCAGGAGAUUCACAUGCUCAAGGUGUGUUGUUAUGGAACAUACGGGAGAAGGACACAAGGUCAUCAAGGGAACAGCUUAUGAGGACAAACACAUGAAGGGUAUCAAAGAACUUAAAUCAAAGGUGAACAAGAAACGAUCAUGUUUUCAGAAGUACAUUGAUUUUAUGGAUGAAGAGAUGAAGAGUGUUGACAAUACUGAAAAACAGUGCACAAGUGACAUCAACGAAGCAUAUGAUGAUGCAGUCCGGCAGUUGUCAGAGAAGAGAGAAAGCCUACUAAGAGAAGACAAGGAAACGACUAAAGGAGUAGAGAAAGAACUGAAAAGUAUGAAGACCACGGCCCAGAAGCACAUCAAUCAGUUGACGAUCAUUGCUGACAUGGUAACGAAAAGAACGAAGAUACCGUUAGAUAUGGAUACUCUGGCUGUACACGACACUCUGUGUGAAGAUGUACGAGAGGUGUUGGAUAAAGAUGAUCCUGACUAUGAGCAGCCGAGAAAAUCAAGCAAGAAGGGGAGAAGUGUAUUUAAGAAAAACAUUGGAAAGAAUGAGCUAGGCCUUGGCAAGAUUGUUAAUGUAGUUGGAAAAGAUGAGCUAAGUCUUGGUAAGAUUAUUCAUGUAAUGAUAAUAACAAUAGUUAGCUUUUAUAUAGCUCAAAUCGCUCUACAGCAUAAUAUUGUAGUUGGCCUUGGUAAGACUUUUAAUGUAGACCUAGUUGAAAAGUACGUCGUUUUGCCUACUUAUAAUAUUGAUGAUGUAAAGCACGUUGCUUCGACAGCUAAGAAUAGCAUGAAUGCCAUGGUUAGUACACAAGACGGUAGGAUGGCAGUAGGACAUAGUACAGGUGGCAUCUCCAACUUCUCUUCUGAUGGUAAGCUUCAGCAGACAGUUCUGAAGGAUGUUGGAAUUGUUGGUGUAGGGUUCCUCUCUGAUGGUCGAUGUGUUGUGAUGGAUGCAUCAAACAUCAUCACACUGUACACACCAGAGUACACACAAUUGAAUGUGAUGUUUAAGACUCUAAGUCGAGAGGAAGGUGGGAUUCCUAAUCUCACUGUUGAUGCUGAUGAUCAGAUCUAUGUGAGCUACACGAAAGCCAUGAAGAUCUUGGUAUUUUCAACAGCAGGUGGGCAAGCAGUCAGGGAGAUACCAUGCAACGGGUAUGUACCAUAUCAAAUCACUAGUUACCAUGGAUCUCUGAUCAUUUCAUCAGGGCAUGUUAUUAGAUUGAUAGACAAACAGGGUGCUGUACAACAUUGGUUACCGAAACCGGGUAGUCUCCUUCACGCUGCUGUAUCUCAGUGGAAUACAAUCCUGAUAGCCAAGGUGAAGCAUGAUGAAGACUUGGUGAGCAUUGACGAGUAUACAUAUGAACUAAGGCAUAUCCGAAACCAUGUUAAUGAUUAUAAGUUUGAGAAGAUUGGCUUGUAUUGGUAUUAUCUCCAGCAGUACCGAUCAGGAGAGAUCGCUUUCUGCACCAGGUAUAGACUCUAUAUAUUUUACUGAAAGUAUUGGAUGACAUCAUGGACCUAUCAACUUUGAUGUACGAUAUAAUAUCGCAAAAGAGGGGGGGGGGGGGGGCAUAUCCGCUGAAUUGCAAUUUUCUGCCAAGUAAGCUUGUGUAUAUAAUCUAGCAAGAAACUGUUGUUGGAUCAUUUCUUUCUCGUUUCUCACCCAUAAAAAGCAUUUUGCUGCUUACAUCUUUUUAUUUUCAGCUUUGCAUUUAUCAAGCAUCAUUAUUGUGUGUAUCCUGUGUGGGUGAAGUUCUCCUACUUGAAUAUCAGACAUAAUGUUAUUAUAUAUUUCAUGAGAAAUCAAAAUGAUUCUCGAUCCAUAGACGUGUAUGAUAUUAGACUAGUAAUGAUCAUGGUGGUAGUGAUAUAUUAACCAUCGCUAUGAAAGAGUGCAUGCUAAACUGUUUAUGCGCGUAUAUGCUUGUAUUCUUAUGCAUAAAUUGGAAUAUAUCGUUAUUCUAUGCUAUUAUUCUAUCUAGACAUGAUUAUAAUGUGUAAAUAUAUAAACAUUACCUUCGUGGAAAUGGUCCGAUCUACACUCUUCAAUAUUUUUCGAAGUACUUCAAUUUCAAAAUAAAAUUAUAUUAAAUAACUUGAUUGUGAAACACCAAACAAAAUUAUUACCGGCAUUUCAGAAAAUGGCACGAAAAUGCAUAAAAAAAACAACGUCGAUGGACCUCAAUUUUUAUUUGAGUUUUGCUAUUCCAAGCAUCAUUUUCAUCAUGUUUAUCCCAUGUGAGGGAAUUUAUAGUUCUUGUAUUUUAGACGUGAUGUUAUUAGACAUUUCAUGAGAAAUCAAGUGAUUCUCUAUUCAAAUAUAAUAAAUGUAAAUAAUGUUUGACUAGUAAUGGCCAUGGUGGCAAUGUGAUAUCUACCAUUGAUAUUAAAGAGUGUAUGCCAUAAUUGUACUGUUUAUGCGCGUAUAUUUGUAUUUUUAUGCAUAAAUUGGAACAUGUUUUGAUUCAAUCUAGAUAUGAUUAUAAUGUGUAAAUAUAUAAAUAUCAUCUUCAUGGAAAUGGUCUGAUCAAUACUCUCCGAUAUUUUUAGAAGUAGUUCAAAUUAAAAAUGCAAUAUUUGAAAUAACUCGAAUGUGAAACACACACAAACAAAUUAUUGUAUAUUUCAGAAAAUGGCACGAAAAAUGUAUAAAAAAAGCAACGUCAAUGGAUUUCAAUUUUUAUUUUGAGCUUUGCUAUUAUCAAGCAUUAUCUUUAUCAUGUUUAUCCUGUGUGGGAAAAUUUCUAGGUCUUACAUUUUAGACAUAAUGCCAUUAGACAUUUCAUGAGAAUCAAAUGAUUCUCUAUUCAUAUACAUGUGUAUCAUAUCAUGGUGGAAAUGUGAUAUUUACCAUUGAUACUGGUGGUAGUGAGGUUUUAUCCUUGAUAUUAAAGAGUGUGUAUAACUGUUUUUCUAUGUAUACAUGUAUUCUUUGCAUAAAUAGGAAGAAUAAUUAUCAUAAUCCUUACAAUGUAUUUGUUUUCUGGUCGAUAAUACGUACAUGUAUAAAACUACUGUGUACAAAUAAUUUCACCUGCAUUUGAUGCGGAAAUGGUUUCAACUACAAAACUACUUUUUAAGUGCAUAGUUCAAUGCAAUAAUAAUGCAAUUAUAUGGAAUAAGUCGAUUAUGAAACAAACACAAAUAACCUUAGUGUAUUUCAGACAAUGGCACAAAAAAUGUACAGUAAUAGUCUAGGCGUAAUGAUUUAAGGGAUGUCAAUUUGGGCCAUUCACACACGUCUGAUGUGUUUAUUAUUACAGGUACACCAUUAUUUUAAUACCUUUUUUACAUUUUUUUUGGUAUAUAUUUCAAUUUUGUAAAAAUUAACGAAAUUAAAUUAAACGAAAUAGAUUUUGACAUGAUAUUCAGAAUAUGAUAUAUGAAACAAUGUAUUUAAAAUUUCUUCAUCAGAUUUUCCCUUAAUAUGUAGAGGAUUCAAUUCAAUAGAAGAUCCCGUCAGAUAUGACUUGCAAUUUACACGAAAAAAAAUCAAACUGUAUAUCAUAAUUUGUUUUGUCUUGAUGUAAACUUAUUUUAGUAUCAAUUUUCUUUCAUCAAGAGUCAUGAGUAUAACGUGAAUAUCCAAGUUGAAGAGAAAACAUUUUUGAUUGGUUUUACCAUUGAACGGUUCAGAUAUGGUCCAACAAACGUAGAGGGCAGCAACACUGCCGAGGGUUGCUACCCACUACGUUCAUUCAUAUGGUCCUUAAAUGCAAUGUUUGAUCCUCGCACAAAAUAUGAUCAAGAAUAAUAAUAUACAAAUCUAGGAAUAAGAACAUUUAACUUUUUAAUUCCCCUGCUCACAUGAGCUCUAAAGAACAAGUUACCCGUAGAAUCAGUUUAUUCAAAGAUAAAUCAAUUAUGUUCUUUAUUAAAAUAAUUCAAAAGAGAUUCGAUCAUCAAUUUGAUCAUUCCAAACCCGUUUGUAUGAUACUCUUGAAUAUAUAAUUUUUAAAAAUUUGCUCUACAUUUUAUUUCUUCUUAAGGUGUACGAACCCCCAAAUUACAUUGUGAAUUGUGUAAAUUAAAUAAAGGAAAUCUGGAAAAGAGUGUCAAUAUAAUAACAUAAUAUAUCAAUUAAAAAAAGCUUAUGUGUUAUAAAACACUUACAAUUCAGAUUCAUAUUUUAUUCAAUUUGGCUGUUUAAUUACUGUUUAAUUGAAUUGUAUUUUUCCGAUUUUAAUGAAAUAAAUACCAUAGGUGAGGACAUAACAAAUUGUUCAUAUGUACUCGAUUAAUCAAUAAAGUGUUUUUG